AUGGCCCCUUCCUUCGACACAACCACUCACACAGUUUGCGUCAUGGACGCUUCCGGCCACCUCGGCUUCACCCUCGUCCAGAGACUCCUCCAAAGGGGCUACAACGUCCAUGCCUCUGUCCAAAAAUAUGGCCACGAAGACCUAUUCAAUGGGAUUUCCACUGAUCCUAAUAAGCUCAAGGUUUUUCGAUCUGAUCCAUUUGAUUACCAUAGCAUAAUCGACGCACUCCGAGGCUGCUCUGGUUUGUUCUACACCUUCGAACCUCCCCAUGACCAACCAAAUUAUGAUGAAUUCAUUGCAGACGUGGAAGUAAGAGCUGCACACAACGUGCUCGAAGCCUGUGCACAGACAGAAACAAUAGAUAAAGUGGUUUUCACUUCCUCAGCAACCGCAGUGGUUUGGAGAGAGGAUCGCAAGAACAUUGAACUGGAUCUAGACGAAAGACAUUGGAGUGAUGUAAAUUUUUGUCGCAAAUUCAAGUUAUGGCAUGGCGUGUCGAAGACAAUGUCUGAGAAAAGUGCGUGGGCCUUGGCAAUGGACAGAGGAGUGAAUAUGGUGUCCAUAAACGCAGGAUUAUUGAUGGCUCAUGAUCUCUCCAUCCAACAUCCUUACCUCAGAGGAGCCGCUGAGAUGUACGAGGAUGGUGUUUUCGUGACCGUUGAUUUACAUUUCUUGGUGGAUGCCCACAUAUGCGUCUACGAGGAUGUCUCAUCCUACGGUCGUUAUUUGUGCUUCAAUCGCAUCAUCAACACCCACGACGACGCUGUUCAACUAGCGCGCAAGUUGACCCCUGCUGCUUCCUCCUCCGCGCCGCAAAGUGACGACCACGGUAAGGGUUUUAUCGAACAGAAAAUUAGCAACAAAAAGUUAAAUAAAUUGAUGGUGAACUUCGAGGCUUGA